GCCAAAGUGCAGUCUCAUCGUGCAUCUUAUAUUUCCUUAUCUUUGUAGACCCAGUCAGAGAGAGAGAGAGCAACAAUGGCUGGUGCUAUGGCCGGAGUAGGAGUAAGCCUGGGGCUUUCAUGCUCUACGACGAAGAUUUCUCGGAGACGCUCUUCUUCUUCGCGAUCAACGGCUCGUCGUUGUUGCGUGAGAAUGGCCAUCUCGCUCGACGAGAAGAAGAAGAAUUUCAGUCUUCAAAAAUCCGAAGAAGCUUUCAAUGCCGCCAAGGAUUUGAUGCCUGGAGGUGUGAAUUCCCCAGUCCGUGCCUUUAAAUCUGUUGGUGGGCAACCUAUUGUGAUGGAUUCUGUCAAGGGCUCUCAUAUGUGGGACAUAGAUGGCAACGAGUACAUCGACUAUGUGGGUUCUUGGGGACCGGCAAUAAUUGGUCAUGCAGAUGAUGAGGUACUUGCUGCCCUGGCUGAAACAAUGAAGAAAGGAACCAGCUUUGGUGCUCCUUGUCUGCUAGAAAAUGUUUUGGCAGAGAUGGUCAUCUCAGCUGUUCCAAGCAUAGAAAUGGUCCGAUUUGUUAAUUCCGGCACAGAAGCAUGCAUGGGUGUGCUCCGCCUGGCCCGUGCUUUCACCGGCAAGGAGAAACUUAUCAAGUUUGAGGGCUGUUACCAUGGCCAUGCCGAUCCAUUCCUUGUCAAGGCAGGAAGUGGGGUCGCCACCUUGGGGCUCCCCGACUCCCCUGGUGUCCCAAAAGCAGCCACUUUUGAAACUCUAAUUGCCCCUUUAAAUGACAUCUCAGCCGUGGAAAAUCUCUUUGAGAUCAACAAAGGAGAGAUUGCUGCAAUUAUCCUUGAACCUGUUGUUGGGAACUCUGGUUUCAUUGCUCCUAAACCCGGCUUCCUUAAUGCCAUACACAAAAUCUCCAAAGAAAAUGGUGCUCUCGUCAUCUUUGAUGAAGUUAUGACUGGAUUCCGUUUAUCAUAUGGUGGAGCUCAGGAAUACUUUGGCAUAACUCCUGAUUUAACAACACUAGGGAAGAUCAUUGGUGGUGGUCUGCCGGUUGGUGCAUAUGGAGGAAGGAGGGAGAUUAUGGAGAUGGUGGCACCAGCAGGACCCAUGUACCAGGCUGGGACCUUAAGUGGAAACCCAUUGGCAAUGACCGCAGGUAUACACACUCUUAAGCGGUUGCAGGAGCCAGGAACCUACAAAUAUUUGGAUAAGAUCACAGGUGAACUUGUUCAAGGUAUAGUUGAUGCUGGGAAGAAGGCUGGGCAUGCAAUAUGUGGUGGGCAUAUAAGUGGGAUGUUUGGGUUUUUCUUCACAGAAGGGCCAGUUUACAACUUUGGUGAUGCGAAGAAGAGUGAUACUGAAAAGUUUGCAAGGUUUUAUAGGGGAAUGCUGGAGGAAGGAGUGUACUUUGCUCCUUCACAGUUUGAGGCUGGAUUUACAAGCUUGGCACAUACUUCUGAAGAUAUUCAGAAAACAAUAGCAGCUGCAGAGAAGGUUUUUGGGCAGAUUUAGUGUGUUAAUUCUUGUAUCUUUAGCCUUCGAAAUUCGUUUCUCAAAUUAUUUUUUUCCCUUUAGCAUAAUUCCCGUUUUCUAGGUGUCUUGAGAGUUGUUUUGUAGUCAAUCUACCUGCAUGUAUUUUAACCUUUUGUAUCAUGGUAACUGUUAGAUCUUAUUAUUUGCCCCGCCACUCCGAGAAGGAUGGUGGCUUCGAAACGAACCAUCCCCGGCAAUUCUGACCAUGAGUUGUGGCUUUGAAAUAAACUGAUUAGAGGUUUUUCCUGUCCCAUAA